GUCCUCAGCAGAACACCUAUAUUGUCCUUUAUUUAGUGUUAAAAUGGUGUUACAUUUACAUUUACAUUUAGUCAUUUAGCAGACGCCUUUAUCCAAAGCGACGUACAAAUGAGUCUGUUACAGGUCCAGAGUCCAGUUUACAAGGAAAUCAAGUCAGUUUAUAGAUGCCAUUUUCAGCUUCAGUAUCUGCUGUCAGAUGAAACCGUGACCUUUAGAAUGAAUUUCUCUGAAGAACAUGACACCAAGACAGUCAAAAGUUUGAUUCAACAUUUUGAAUCAGAUUUACCUGAACACAGCAAUGUGUCUGUGUGGAGAAACCAACAGAAUGAACUUUCAGAUAUCUGCAGACAAGAAAACUCUUCUGUUGAGCCCAGUCUUUCCAGUUGCAGUAUCACGCAAAAAGGCUGUGCUGCUCUGAUUUCAGCUCUGAGAUCAAACCCCUCACACCUGACAGAACUAAAUCUGAACUAUAAUGAACCAGGAGAUUCAGGAAUGAAGCUGCUCUCUGCUGUACUAAAUGAUUCACAUUGUAAACUGCAGAAACUACAGCUGCGUUACUGUAGCAUUGAAGAGGAAGGCUGCACUGCUCUUAUUUUAGCUCUGAAAUCAAAUCCCUCACACCUAAGAGAACUAAAUCUGAGCUUUAAUAAACCAGGAGAUUCAGGAGUGAAGCAGCUCUCUUCUCUACUUGAGGAUCAACUCUGUAAGCUGGAGAAACUACAUCUUUCCAGCUGUGGUAUUAUGCAGAAGGGCUGUGCUGCUCUAAUUUCAGCUCUGAGAACAAACCCCUCACACCUGAGAGAACUGAAUCUGAAUGGCAAUAAACCUGGAAAUUCAGGAGUGAAGCUACUCUCUGCUCUGCUAAAGGAUUCACGCUGUAAACUGGAGAAACUACUGCUAUCUGACUGCAGUAUUGGAGAGGAAGGAUGUGCUGCUCUUAUUUCAGCUAUGAGAUCAAACCCCUCACACCUGACAGAACUUGAUUUGAGCAAUAACAAACAAGGAAAGUCAAGAGUGAAGCUACUGUCUGCUCUACUGGAGGAUCCACUCUGUAAACUGGAGAAACUACAGUUGUGUAACUGCAGUAUUGGAGAGAAAGGCUGUGCUGCUUUAAUUUUAGCUCUCAAAUCAAACCCGUCACACCUGAGAGAACUGAAUUUGAGCUAUAAUAAGCCAGGAGACUCAGGAGUGAAGCUGCUUUCUGCUCUACUGGAGGAUCCACAAUGUAAACUGGAGAAACUACAGUUGUGGAACUGUAGUAUUGGAGAAGAAGGCUGUGCUGCUCUGAUUUCAGCUCUGAGAUAAAACCCCUCACACUUGACAGAACUGAAUCUUAGCAACAAUGAACCAGGAGAUUCAGGAAUGAAGGUUCUCUUUGCUCUACUGGAGGAUCCAAACUAUAAACUGGAGAAACUAGAGUAAGUUACUGUGUCAAUGCUUUUAUUAAUUAUAUUAAAUCAGAUGAUUUUGUGUGUUUUAGCUUUAUUUUUACAGAAUUUGACUAAUAAGAAGUUUCCUUUUUAAAACAAAGGAUAUCAUUAGGAAAAGAACUGACAAGUGAAUGAAAGUGUUUUAUCUUUAUUUUUACAGAAUUUGACUAAUAACAGUCACAUUCAAACAAGCUCCCAAAAAGUGAAUCAAAACAUUUUCUGAACAAGACUGUCACCUGAACAAACAUAGAUACCGAUCCAGCAGUAUUAUUAGAUUUUACUGUGUAAAAAUAAAAAAAAAAGUAUACAAAUUGUAUAAUAUCCAGUGUACACAUUUCUAGUAAUUGUGCAGUUAAUUCUCAUGUUCUCUCGCUCUCUCUCAUAUAUAUAUAUAUAAAUAAAUAAAUACACACACACACACACACUUUUUUUUAGAUAAAGCAAUAGUAAAAUUUUUAACAAUAUUUCAAAUAUAAUUUAUGAGAUGUUUUUUCAAUCAGAUUUUUUUGGAAAAGGCAAAAAGUUAAUCAUAUAGAUUUCAAAGAUAAGCAUUCAUGAUGACAUUUUAUCACACAUUUACUCAAUCAUAACAUUCCAUGUUUAGGUUAUGACAGCACAUUUUCGAUAGUGACAGUAAAAUAAAAAAUGUUUUGGGAAAACCCACAUGACAUAACAGAAUUUUAACUUAACAUUUUUUGUAAAACUGUAAAUCAACUUGUACAUUUUGAUCAUCAAACCUAAUCUAAAAUCUAAAGGAACACUAUAUUGCCAAAAGUAUUCACUCACCUGCCUAUGAACUGCAUAUGAACUUAGGUGACAGCCCAUUCCUAAUCCAUAGGGUUCAUUCCUAAUCCAUAGGGGUCAACCUUUUGCAGCUAUAACUGCUUUAACUCUUCUGGGAAGGUUGUCCACAAGGUUUGGGAGUUUUUACAAAUGUUCUCCCAGAAGUACAUUUGUAAGGUCACACACUGAUGUUGGACGAGAAGGCCUGGCUCUCAGUCUCCUCUCUAAUUCAUCCCAAAGGUGUUCUAUUGGGUUGAGGUCAAGACUCUAUGCAGGCCAGUCAAGUUCAUACACCAGACUCUGUCAUCCAUGUCUUUAUGGACCUUACUUUGUGCACUGGUGCACAGUCAUGUUGAAAGAGGAAGGGGGGUACUCCAAAUUGUUCCCAUAAAGUUUGGAGCAUGGAAUUGUCCAAAAUGUCUUGGCACGCUGAAAGCAUUCAGAGUUCCUGGAACUAAAGGGCCAAGCCCAGCUCCCAAUAAACAACACCACACCAGAAUCAGACUGCCAGAAAGAUAAGAGCGAUUUGUCAUUCCAGAAAACGCAUCUCCACUGCUCUAGACUCCACUGCAGCAUGCUUUACCUCUGCAUCCGACACUUUACAUUACACUUGAUGAUGCAUGGCUUGGAUGCAGCUGCUCGGCCAUAGAAACCUAUUCCAUGAAGCUCUCUGUGCACUGUUCUUGAGCUAAUUGGAAGCUCCAUCAGUUUAUGUGGCCUACCACUUUGUGGCUGAGUUGCUUGAUUUUAUACACCUGUUGCCAUGGAAGUGAUUGGAACACCUGCUUUCCCAAUUAUUUGGAUGGGUGAGCAAAUACUUUUGCCAAUAUAGUGUAUAUGUUAAUGUAUAUAACAAUAAAACAAAUACACACACACACACACACACACACACACAUUAAUCAUGAUUGGUUCCUCUCGCUGUCAUCCAUGAAACUAAAUGUGAAAAUCUGACAGUUGUUGUCUUUGUUGAGAUUGCUCGGUCGUUUUUUUUUUUUUUUUUUUGAGCGAAUAUGUCAAGACAUGUUAACAGAGAACAAAAACUGAAAUCUGAACACAGGAAGGGUCAGGUGUGAUCUGUGAGUUCUCGCAAACACUGCAAAAUCAUGUGUGUGAAUUUGUAUUGCUUCAUCACAGAUGCUAAAGUUAUCUGAUGUUGUCUAUGUUACUAGUGUUAAUGUCUGUCUUUUAGCCUAAGUUAGUUAAUCUGCAUCAUUUCACUGUCACUUCUGGUAACGUUAGAGAUUCAUUGGACUUUAUUUGAUUUUAUCUAGUUUAAUAAAAAUGUACUUGAUCUGAUUUACUUGUUUUAAUAAAUAAAUUGUAUAGUUAGUAUUACAAUUAAAACCAUGUUUAAUGAUGUUUAAUGAGUUGUAUAGUGCAUCAGUUUGCAAAAUCAGCACCUUAAUUCACCAAAGCUGAAGGUAAAACAUUGAAACAACGUUGUGAUUUCAGCCGUGAAAUAACAUUAUAAUUGUAAUGUUGCAAAAUGAAAAGGUUAUUCAACAUAUAUUUUACCAUGGUACCUGAUGAUGAUUCACCGUUGGAUCAACGUUGAAAUGCCAGAUGAGAUGAUUUUGUUUAUUUUACCCAAAUAUUAUGAUUGCAUGUUCCUUUUGUCACUACUGAAACAGCAAUAUGUUUUGGUAGUCACAAUUUCUGUUAGUGAUUAGCAAUAGACUAAAAUGAACUUUACAGAAAUGGAUGUUUGGUCCUUACAUAAAUACUAUACAUAAAGAUUUCAGCAUCGAUAUUUUAUAUCCUGUACUAAUGUAAUGUAAUUAUUUUACUGUAUUUUAAAAUAUAUUUCUGUGAUGCAAUCUGAAGAUUGGAGUAAUGACUUUAGAAAAUUCAGUUUUACAAAAUGUAAUAUGCUGAUGUAUUAUGAAUGUUAGAAACAUGUAUUUUCUGUAUUUUUCAUCAAAUAAAUGCAGGCAUAAUGAGCAUAAGAAUUUUUUUUACAAACAUUAAAAAUAGUAAUGGGUUCAAACCUUUGACUGGUAGUGUAUGCACAUAUUAAAUUCAUCGAAG